AUGGGGAAGGAGCAGGAGCUGGUGCAGGCGGUGAAGGCGGAGGACGUGGGGACCGCGCAGCGGCUGCUGCAGAGGCCGCGGCCGGGGAAAGCCAAACUCCUGGGCUCCACCAAGAAGAUCAAUGUCAACUUCCAGGACCCGGAUGGCUUCUCUGCCCUGCACCACGCGGCCCUGAACGGCAACACGGAGCUGAUCAGCCUGCUGCUGGAGGCCCAGGCUGCCGUCGACAUCAAGGACAACAAAGGCAUGCGGCCACUGCACUACGCGGCCUGGCAGGGCCGGAAGGAGCCCAUGAAGCUGGUGCUGAAGGCGGGCUCCGCGGUGAACAUCCCGUCGGACGAGGGCCACAUCCCCCUGCACCUCGCAGCCCAGCACGGCCACUAUGACGUGUCCGAGAUGCUGCUGCAGCACCAGUCGAACCCGUGCAUGGUGGACAGCGCCGGGAAGACGCCCCUGGACCUGGCCUGCGAGUUCGGCCGCGUUGGGGUGGUCCAGCUGCUCCUGAGCAGCAACAUGUGCACGGCCUUGCUGGAGCCCCGGCCGGGGGACACCACUGACCCCAACGGCACCAGCCCCUUGCACCUGGCGGCCAAGAACGGCCACAUCGACAUCAUCAGACUCCUGCUCCAAGCUGGUAUCGACAUCAACCGUCAGACCAAGUCUGGCACGGCGCUGCACGAGGCCGCCCUCUGUGGGAAGACGGAAGUGGUUCGGCUGCUGCUGGACAACGGGAUCAACGCCCACGUGAGGAACACGUACAGCCAGACGGCCCUGGACAUCGUGCACCAGUUCACCACGUCGCAGGCCAGCAAGGAGAUCAAGCAGCUGCUGCGAGAGGCCUCGGCGGCUCUGCAGGUCCGGGCGACCCAAGAUUAUUGCAACAAUUAUGACCUGACUAGCCUCAACGUGAAAGCCGGGGACAUCAUCACAGUCCUUGAGCAGCAUCCAGACGGCCGAUGGAAGGGCUGUAUCCAUGACAACCGGACAGGCAAUGACCGGGUGGGCUACUUCCCAUCCUCCCUGGGUGAGGCCAUCAUCAAGCGAGCAGGUCCCCGAGCAGGUGCUGAACAAAGCUCCCCUCAGGGAGGCGGCUUGCCGGGAGCCGCAGCGCCACCCGAAGAGAUCUGGGUGCUGAGGAAGCCUUUUGCAGGUGGAGACCGCAGCGGCAGCUUGAGCGGCGUGGCUGCUGGCCGGAGCAGCGGGGCCCACACCCUGCAUGCAGGCUCUGAAGGGGUCAAGCUCCUGGCCACAGUGCUCUCCCAGAAGUCCCUCUCCGAGUCUAGCCCCGGGGACAGCCCCGUCAAGCCUCUGGAGGGCUCAGCAGGGGCGGCCAGGUCCCAGCCUCCAGGGUCCCAUGCUGGGCAGGUGUACGCGGAACUGCCGUCCAAGAAGCUGGAGUCGGCAUCGGAGGGCAAGAGCGCCGAGGCCGUGAGCCAGUGGCUCGCCACGUUCCAGCUGCAGCUGUACGCCCCCAACUUCCUCAGCGCCGGCUACGACCUGCCCACCAUCAGCCGCAUGACCCCCGAGGACCUCACGGCCAUUGGGGUCACCAAACCCGGCCACCGGAAGAAGAUCACGGCAGAGAUCAGCAGCCUCAGCCUCCCCGACUGGCUGCCUGAGCACAAGCCCGCGAACCUGGCGGUGUGGCUGUCCAUGAUCGGCCUGGCCCAGUACUACAAGGUACUGGUGGACAACGGCUACGAGAACAUCGACUUCAUCACCGACAUCACCUGGGAGGACCUGCAGGAGAUCGGGAUCACCAAGCUGGGACACCAGAAGAAGCUGAUGCUGGCGGUGAGGAAGCUGGCGGAGCUGCAGAAGGCGGAGUACGCCAAGUACGAGGCGGGGCCUCUGCGCCAGAAGGCGCCGCAGUCCCUGGAGGUGAUGGCCAUCGAGUCGCCGCCCCCUCCGGAGCCUGCCCCGGCCGAGUGCCAGUCUCCCAAGAUGACCACCUUCCAAGACAGCGAGCUCAGCGGCGAGCUGCAGGCUGCCCUGACGGGCCCGGCCGAGGCCGCCGCCCCCCCUGCCGCUGCCGAGAAGCCCUCCAACCACCUGCCGCCCACCCCGAGGGCCUCUGCGCGCCCGGAGCCCAGACUGGGCGGGCGCGCCCGGCACAUGAGCAGCUCUCAGGAGCUGCUGGGCGAUGGGUUCCCCGGGCCCAGCGGCCCCAUGUCACGAAGCCAGGAGUACCUGCUGGACGAGGCGCAGGGCGCCGGCACUCUGCCCAAGGAGGCCCGGCCCAGCCGCCACGGCCAGGGCGUCAAGCGGGCCAGCGUGCCCCCGGUGCCCGGCAAGCCGCGGCAGGUCCUCCCGCCGGCCGCCGGCCCCUUCACGCCCCCCCAGACGCCCACGAAAGCUCGGCCGGGUUCCCCCCAGGCCCUGGGGGCGCCUCACGGCCCAGCCCCGGCCACAGCCAAGGUGAAGCCCACCCCACAGCUGCUGCCGCCGACGGAGCGGCCCAUGUCGCCCCGCUCCCUGCCUCAGUCGCCCACACACCGGGGCUUCGCCUACGUGCUGCCCCAGCCCGUGGAGGGCGAGGCUGCCCCCGCCCCCGCCCCCGCCCCCGCCCCGGUGCCCGUGCUGUGUCUGCCCCCCGAGUCCGAGUCCGACGUGGAGCCGGGGCGCCCCAAGAAGCGCGCCCACAGCCUGAAUCGCUACACGGCAUCCGACAGCGAGCAGGAGCGGGAGGAGCUGCUGGUGCCGGCCGCCGCGGGGCCCUACGCCACCGUCCAGCGGCGCGUGGGCCGCAGCCACUCGGUGCGGGCGCCCGCCGGGGCCGACAAGAACGUCAACCGCAGCCAGUCCUUCGCCGUGCGGCCCCGCAAGAAGGGGCCCCCGCCGCCGCCGCCCAAGCGCUCCAGCUCCGCCAUGGCCAGCGCCAACCUGGCCGACGAGGCCGCGCCCGAGGCCGAGGCCAAAGGGGCCGGGCCCUCAGACGGCCAGCUCGGGGUGCGGGCGCAGCGCCGGCGGGCCAGCGACCUGGCCAGCAGCGUGGACACGGGCAGCGCCGGCAGCGUGAAGAGCAUCGCGGCCAUGCUCGAGCUGUCCUCCAUCGGGGGCGGGGGCCGCGCCGCCCGCAGGCCCCCCGAGGGCCACCCCACGCCGCGCCCCGACAGCCCCGAGGCCGGCCGCGUGGCGACCGUGCUGGCCUCCGUGAAGCACAAGGAGGCCAUCGGGCCGGACGGAGAGGUGGUGAACCGGCGCCGCACCCUCAGCGGGCCGGUCACCGGGCUCCUGGCCGCCGCCCGCCGAGGGCCCGGGGAGCCGGCGGGGCCCGCAGACCACGGCCACUUGGCAGAGGAUGGCGCUGCCCGGCAGAGGCCUCGGGGUCCGGCCAAGGGAGAGGCGGGCGGGGAGGGCCCCCCCUUGGCCCGGGUGGAGGCCAGUGCCACGCUGAAGAGGCGCAUCCGAGCCAAGCAGAGCCAGCAGGAGAAUGUCAAGUUCAUCUUGACCGAGUCUGACACCGUCAAGCGCCGGCCCAAGGCCAAGGAGCGGGAGGCGGGCCCAGAGCCGCCCCCGUCGCUGUCGGUGUACCAGAACGGCACGGGCACCGUGCGCCGCAGACUGGGCCCUGAGCAAGCCGGGCCCCUGGAGCUGCCCCCGCCGCCCGCGCCCACCGAGCCCCUGCCCGCCGACCCGAUGCACUUGCCCCCGCUGCCCCCGCCAGACGGCGAUGCCCGGAGACCAACCAAGCCGCCCGUCUCUCCCAAGCCCGUCCUGGCUCAGACGGUACCCAAGAUCCAGGGGUCACCCACUCCCGCCUCCAAGAAGGUGCCGCUGCCAGGACCCAGCAGCCCAGAGGUGAAGAGCGCCCACGGCACGCCGCCGCCCGUGUCCCCCAAGCCGCCGCCGCCGCCCACGGCGCCCAAGCCGCUCAAGGCCGCGGCGGGGCUGCAGCCGGGCAGCGCCAACCCGUCGCCCACGCCCUCGCCGGCGCGCCAGCCGCCCGCCGCCCUGGCCAAGCCCGCCGGCCCGCCGCCCGCGCUGAGCGCCAGCCCCGCCAGCCCCGCCAGGCCGCCGUCCCCCGGCGCGCCCGCGCCGCACGUGCCCGCCAAGCCGCCGCGCGCCGCCGCCGCCGUCGCCGCCGCCGCCGCCGCCGCCUCGGGGCCCCCGGCCGCACCCGAGGGCGCCUCGCCGGGGGACAGCGCGCAGCAGAAGCUGGAGGAGACGAGCGCCUGCUUGGCGGCGGCGCUGCAGGCCGUGGAGGAGAAGAUCCGGCAGGAGGACGCGCAGGGCCAGCGCCCCUCCGCCUCGGAGAAGAGCACGGGCAGCAUCCUGGACGACAUCGGCAGCAUGUUCGAUGACCUGGCGGACCAGCUGGACGCCAUGCUGGAAUGA